UUUGAAUGUUCUGUACGAAUAAAUUCGGUGAGUACCUCAUUUAUCCCUCCUUCCAGUAAAAUUAUUUCAACUUUUCCUUCUCCCUCAUUCUGGACCCACUCAUGGGCUGAUUAUUUUCUCAUUCUUGAAACUUUAGACUGGCAAUUUCUAUGCACAAUCUAUAGCUCAUUAACCUAUAGUUCAAGAGUUCCUCACUAGUGUCUUGCUCUUCUUUUUUAUUUUUAAAGCCUCAAUGUAUUUAUAGAAUUUCAAAAAUUUAGUUUUUGAGUUGACUUAAAAAAUGUAGAAAAUAUAAUGCUGUUUUAAUUUUCAUUUCAGGUAAUGAGUCGACGCAGUCAAAGAAUAAUUCAGAGAGAUACAGCUAUAACCAAAUGCAGAAACAUUCCUGGUUUUGAUGAAUCCACCCCGAUCCAAAACAAUACUAUAUGCAUUGAAACAUCUGCACAAUCGUAUGACGCCGAGCCAAAGAAGGAAAAGAAAAUAGAAUCGAGUGAAACCUAUGCACUGGUGAACGUUGCAAAUGAUAUAUCGAACAAUGAUUCUGAUAUUACGCAUCCAGUAAAUGAAGCAGAAAAUUCAUUCAUCGAAAAUCUUGAAACACAUCAGUCGAACUCAAAGCCUAAAAAGAAGAUAAAAUCAAAGUCACGUGACUUAUCGUAAGUACAAACCUGCAACUUUGUUUUUUAUAAAAAUAGGAAUAAUUUUAAAUUAACUGUAAAGCUUGGAAUAAGUAUGCAAUUUUUCUCUGCCAGGAAAUGUGAUAGUUUCAAGAAUAUACAAUUUUUUUUCUCUUUUUUUUUAUUUCAACAAUGGGCAACCUUGACUUUUUGCCGAUGGAUUCGUUGGAACUCGGUUUCGGGUGUAUCUGAAUAGGAGGAAAACGAUAAGCUGAU